GCAAGAUACAGUCACUGGGUUGCACUGGCAACUUUCUGUACUGGACCUUCCCCACACACACACACACACGCGCCGCACGCACACGUUGCCACUGUGGAGGACAGGAGAGAGCGUGUGAGGGAGACGAGCAAGUCAGAGCUUUUAAAUGGCAAAUAUUGUCACGUCAGUCUGCUGUGUGGUGCUUGCUGCUGUGGUGGUAGUGUUUGCACAGAGGCGCAGCCAGCAAGGGGCGAGGAUCCAGUAUGAGAAGAUGGGGACCGACGUGACCAUGCAGUGUGGCUCACUGGACAGCGACGCCUCGGUCACGUGGAAGGUGAAUGGGACGGACGUGAAGGCCCGCAAGGUGGAGGAGGGGCCCAGGCUGACCCUCAUGGAGGUGGACCUAGGGAGCAACGGGCUCUACAGCUGCUUUGAAAACCCCAACGGGGAGCGCCGUGACCAGAUCAUCCUGCGUGUAGGGACCCCUCCGAAGGAACCUCAGAUAGCGUGCCGAUCGAACACAUACCCCAAGGGAUUCUACUGCAGCUGGCAUCUCCAGGAGCUCACCUAUAUCCCCACCGACUUUGACGUCCGUGUCAGACAUAAUGAGAAAUCCCUGGAGGUCCAGCGGGAUGCAGUACACAAGAACCGGUGUCACGUGAAGUUCCCCGAACUUUUCUCCACCUUCAAGUACAGGGUGACCGUCACAGCAGUGAACGCACUGGGAAAGGCAUCUAAUGUCAUCUCCUUUGAUGAUUUCAACAUAGUGAAACCUGACCCCCCUGAGAAGGUAGUGGCGACUCCCAUCCCAAACAAUGUACGCCGUCUGGAGGUGACCUGGAACAGUCCAUCCACAUGGCCCGAUGUUGAGAACUUCCCCCUUAAGUACUUCCUGCGCUACAGACCAAUGAUCCGUGACCAGUGGCAACAUGUUGAGCUCUCGGAUAGCACCUCCCACACCAUCACAGAUGCCUACGCGGGGAAAGAAUACAUCAUACAGGUGGCAGCAAAGGACACCGAGAUUGGCACUUGGAGCGAGUGGAGCGUGGCCGUCCACGCAACGCCGUGGAUGGAGGAGCCCAAACAGGUCAUCUCCACCACUGAGGCAGAGGUCAUCAUGGAAACAACCCCAUCCCCAGCCCCUCCGUCAGCAAAGCCCCAGUUAGGCGCCCCAGGGGGUGGAUGUUCGAUGCUGCUGUGGUCUAACUCCCUGCUCCUGGCAUCUGUCCUAUUGUCCAUCAUGUGAUAUCUAUGAUGCAUUCCUGUGAAAAAAUGUGGAGUCUUCUAUUUAGAUUUUGCACUUGUUUAAAUGGAUAUUGUGCAUUGAUGCUUUAAUUCAUGUUCCCCCAAAGAAAAAAAGAAAAAAGGAAAAAACAACAACAGAAAGAGCUCUACAGACACAGGACGCAAACCAAAGGGAAGUGAAGGAUUUGGGGACCCAUGUGACCGAACAUUGUCCUUGUCCAGCAGCACAAGAAGGAAUUUCAUCGUCAUUUUUUUGUUUUGUUUUCAAUCCUUAUUUCAGCCAAACAGUAUUGGGAGAAUCUAUGUUGUUUUUCAUUGUCAAUUUUUCAUAGCUACAUACAGCUAACUCAUCAUGCCAAAGACUUGUCUUGGAAAUGACUUCCCACAAUCCUUGGCUUCCCUCAGCCUGUGCCUAUGUACAGUAGCAAGGACGAAUUCCCACAGUGCAGUCUCCAGGAAUCCAUAGAGAACAUUAGAAAAAAGUGUGUUAAGUAACCUUUUGGGGGAAAUUAUUACUUAUUUCAUACCUUCUCUCAUUUUGUAUCCAGUCAUAUUCUGAACUGCCUUCUUCACAUUGCCAGGACUAUGGCUUCUGUUGGAAACUAAUGAAAUGAAAGUUUGUGCAUGUUUAUGUUGAGAACACAGAGAUGUUUACCAUUACUGCACCGAUAAACAUAUUAAUCAUUCUUAAAGAUCCCUUUCAAAUAAACUUAGGAAUGUGUUUAGUUAUUACAUUCUACAGUAGUAAAAAAGUUUUCAUUCUGAAACCUGCACUGGCACUCUGAGGUACUCAAACUAAUGUUUAAAUUCAUCAGUAAACAAAAUGAAAAUUAAAGCUUGUUCAUUUUGAAAAUUAAAUUAUGUACAUACAAGACCAAGGUAAUCACAAACCAAUGCAGAAAAUAAUACUUUCAUAUUGAAAAAUUCCUCACCCAUUUGUUUCCUCUGAGUAAAAAUGCAUUAGCAUUCAUUGUAUUGGGAUCCAACGGAGCAUAUGUCAUGCACUGGAACGUCACACUUCAUCUGCCUGUCAUAACAUUUUUAUUUUAGAGAAGUAAAAUGUGGCUGUCAGUUCAUUAUGAGAGCUCCAUGCUGAAAUAUCAGCUGUUGUAUUUUCAAAUCUUGUCAAAAUGAGGGGCUGAUUGAAUCAAAGUUUGUUUUGGUUUUGUUUUUUUAGCUUACACAUUUUUGUUUAUUUCAGCUAGAAAUAAAAAAAGAUGUUGUGAAAGUUUUGACAAAAUCUA